AUGAAACAUGUUAUCCCGGAUCUCCUGAACCUAAAGGCCGAACACAAAGGAUUACAAGCCAAAGUGGCCGCACCUACUGAGAAGACGCUACAGAACUUGGCAGGUAAAUGGAAGCUCAACGGAAUCCAGUCUGAUGAGUUCAGCCAGGUUCUCGCGAUGCAAGGUGUAAAUGCACUUUUACGCAAGGCAAUCAGUGUAGCAUCAGUGCAACUCAAAAUCAGUCAGCCGUCCAAACAAGAAAUCCACAUGGAACAAACUGCCACCGCGGCGUCAAUUCCUGGGACGACCGAAGAAUACAUCCUUGAUUGGCAGUGGCGACAGAAUCACGAUGCUUUCUUUGGUGAUAUUGAAGGCCGCAGCCGGUGGAUUAGCAACAAGGAUGUCGGCGCCAGCGGCACAGACGGUAUCUGGCUGGAAGGAGACAGUGAGGACAUGCUCAUCCAGGCCGUCGGCAAGAAACCAGAUGAUGCAUGGACAGCCACUCACUUGUGGGGUUUCGAGGAGAUUGACGGAGAAAGGAAGCAUACACGCCGAGUCAAUGUCACCAGUAAGAAUGGCGAAACGGUCAAUGUUCGGAUGGUCUAUGAUUAUGAUGGUGAUUGA